AUGGGCGUUCACCAGAUGUCCCGACUCCUCGGCAGAGUGAGGAAAGUUGUCACGUUUUGUCACCGCAACACAACAGCUGCAGCUGUGUUGAAGGAGAAACAGGUGAUGCUACAGCUGCCCUUACACAAGCUGGUCCAGGAUGUGGCUACUAGGUGGAACUCUAGCCAUGACAUGCUUGAGUGCUACCUUGAGCAGCAGGAUGCUGUUUUCUCGGCAUUAACAGACAAGAGUGUCAAGAAGAACAUUAAAGACAUCGUCACUCUAUCUGAUGAUGAUGUGAAACUAGCUGAGGACGUGGUCCAGGUUCUUAAACCUUUGAAAACUGUGACAACCCUCAUGAGCAUUGAGCAGAUUCCAACUAUUUCAAUGAUCUUGCCAUUGAAACACAGAAUCCUGGCCUCCAUGAAGCACAGUGGCUCUGACUCAACAGUAGUGAAAGACAUCAAAGCUGCUAUUGCACAUGACUUCGAGGACAGAUACCCUGAUACGGAUAGGGCACUAAUUCAGUUUCUUCAUAUGAGUACUGCACUUGACCCCUGUUUCAAAUCUCUACCUUUCCUUGAUGAGACCACCCGGCACACAAUCUUCAAGAGUCUGACUGAGAGAAUUCUGGACGAUUGUUCACAGACUGUUCAGGCCCAAACUUCCAGGGAUGAGACAGAGGAGCAAUCAGAGAUAGCCUCCAGCAGCAGUGACUGUCCUCCUCCAGCCAAAAGAGCACCAAUGGCUGAACUGUUUGGAGACAUCUUUCCAAUUGAACAGGCAUCAUCAUCAUCCAAGUCUUUGUCUGAAGUGGUGGAUGAGGAGGUGCAGUAUUACAGAGCAGUGCAGAGCCUCUCAGUGGACUCAAAUCCACUUGUGUGGUGGAAGGACAACCAGAACCAGUUCCCCCAUUUAGCCAAGUUGGCUAAAAUUUACCUUGGAAUCCCAGCCACAUCUGUCCCCAGUGAGAGAGUAUUUUCUACUGCAGGUGACAUUGUCACAGCACAGAGAGCACGCCUCUCACCAGACAAUGUUGACAUGAUGGUGUUUCUGAAGAAGAAUUUUCAACUCCCUUAA